AUGGCUAUAACAGGAGGAGUGUCUGAUGGAGACCAAGAAACUUGCAGACAAGAUGACGAGUCGGCCGAGACUGGAUGUGAGACGAUCAAGGAGAGUCGAGCGGAGAUACGGAUGGGGAAACACAGAGAGACAGUCGUCGCCCUGCAUCAAGAAAGAGCAGGAGAGAAUCAUACGGGUACGAGUGACGAAGCUUCGCUCAUGCGUGAGCUUGCCACCAAUGCCAAUGUGGUACGCUUCCUGGCCGAUAUUCGCAAGGCGACUUCUCCCACAGCAUCUGAAAUGGAGAGGACGCAGCUCGUAACGUUGCUGUGCGACUCUGGCCUAGGACAACUAGGAGGUGUUCUGCUGGCGUCGGCAAAGAUAAGCCCGGAGGUAUCGUCUCAAUUGGGAUUGAUAACUGAACGGGAAAAGAUCCAGAUGAGCAGGAUAUCACAGGCGAAACAAGGAUACUCUGCACUCAAGAAGGACAUCAUUUGCCUCCAGCAACAGUGGGAUGACGUGGAAUGCGAAUGCAAUCGAGACAGAGAGACCAAAGCUUUCUUGCUCAAGGCCGCCUCCCGCUUCAAAGGAUUAUUGGAAUUGGUUGCGCCUGGUUUCUCCGCAAAACUCAAGAAAGACGCUGAUAAAAAUUGA